AAACGGAACAACAAGGAAAAAAAUAAAUAAAUAAAAGUGAUAAAUAUGCAGCCCCACAAUUUUUAAAAGAUAGAGAACAGUCCAAAUAGUAACCGAAGAAGUAGCGUAAGAAAGUCGCCAUUUCACCUUCAAGUUUUCGGUGUUGGAGUAUAGCGCUUAACUAAUAAAUCGUCAUCAUCAUCAUCCUUCCAGCAAGUUCCGGCCGACCGGCGUUCUCCGGCGAGGAGAGUUUUUGCAAAUUUUUCCACCGAAUUUGCAUUUUCUCUCUCUCUUUCUCUCUCACGCACUCUAAGGGUGUAUUUGUGAAAGGGGAGAAAGCUGGUUUUAUUCUGUUUUCUCUGACCCUGGAAUCGAUGUUUAUGGUGGGGAUAUUGCUGCGGUUUGGAUCUAUUGCGGCCUGGAUUUUCCAAAUUGUUGCAUGCAUGGGAGCAGUGGCUGUGUUGGAUCUUCUCUCUACCCAAAGCUAGCGUCAUCAAUUGACGAGCCUCUGAACCAGCAGAUACCUGAGGUUCCAAUGGCUCCGACUGUGUAUAAAGGAAGCACACCAGAGAGUUUUUGGACAACCAGUAACUGUGAUUAUGAUGCGAGUACCUUUCAGUCCCCGGGGAGUAUAUCAUCAGUUAGUACUUCAGUGAAUGAUCCACUCAGUGCAGGAUGCUCAAAUGCUUCCUCUGAGUUUGUAAAUCAUGGUCUUCAUCUUUGGAAGCAAAGUAGGAAGCAAUGGGUUGGCAGUAGGAAGUCCUAUAGCCAAGUACAGCAGUCGCGUGCGCCUAAGUUAAGGUACACAAUCUUCUGCCUCAUAUUCAAUCAUAUUGGUUCUGCCAUAAUCUUCAGUUGGUGAGGGUUCUUGUUUUUUUCCCCUUUCUUUGUUGGUGGAUGUUGGGGAGAUGGGGUGGGGAUGUGUGUUUUGGUCCAUGGAAGGAUGAGAAAGCAACUGGAUUGCACUUCAUCAUAAGGGACAGUUGGUUACUUCAGUUAGUUUUUGUUUUUAUUUAAUUUGUUUUAUGUUACUGUAUUGUUAACAUUUGUCAUGCAAGUAGGCGUUAAAUUAAGUCUAGUCCAUUCUUUUACUCAGUUGUUGCCCUGUUUUCCUUGGCCACUGUUGUCAAUCAAGGGGGGAUAGGUAUUCUUCUGCUGUCUUAGUAAUUCAACAGACUAAAUAGCCUUGCAUAGCUUGACUAAAUUUUGAAUGAAGUGUGACGUUAUUUGUAAUACAGUUUCUCAUUGAAGUUAUAAGACAUUGCUUUCGGAUCAGGGCAGAACAUAGAACCUUCCUGAAACUAAUAAUUACUAGUUUUAGACUUCUACACUGAACGGGAACUUGCAGUUAUUUUAAGAAUUAGUGAAAUGGUGGGUAGGUACUGUUUGGCAUGGCUCAACCACCAGCUAAUUGAUUGUUUCGUCCUCAGUUUCUGGCACUUGUAGGAAUUACAAUUGGUUUGUGUGAGGUUUUGUCUGCCAGAAUGAUUUCCACACUUUCAUUGAUUCCCUCUUGUAUUUUUCUCAGCUCUUUGUGUUGUCUCUGCAUGGCUAAGAACUUUUGGCUUUACAGUUGGAAUGCAACCUAUGAUAGUAUGCUUGGAAGUAAUAAACCAUUCCCGAAGCCCAUUCGUCUAGCAGUAAGCCUAUUGUUUAACCAAAUUGAAGAAUGCAUAUGUUGUCCUCCACUAUUAUUCCUUUCUUCUGACAUCAACCCCCCUGUCAAUUUGGAUCCUAUUAGGAAAUGGUGGAUUUUCUUGUGGACGUCUGGGAGCAAGAUGGAAUGUAUGACUGAAAAUCUAACACAGGAGGUCUUAAUGACUAGCUUUUUAGAUUGUGCAACUUGAGCGACAUUUUUUGAUGAGAUCAAGUUUGCUAGGUGAUCAUUUGUCCAAAGUGUAAUAUUGAUUACUCUUGCGUCUCGAUCUUAUGUGGUAUGGCAAAUUUUUCCCUGAUAAAUUCUGUGUUGCUCAUGUCCGUCUGAAGAUACUGGUUAAUACAUCUCGUCUUAUUUGUUUUGUGGCAUUUCUUCUAGAUUAGUUGAGUUCUAGCUAUUAUUUAAUCACAUUGACUAAGGUCGUUAUACCCGGUGGCUACUCCAAUCAAUUCCGACCCUCAAAACUAUUCGACUGGUUUUCGAGACUAAUUUGCUGUUAGCUCAAAACAUUCAAAAAGAGCCUCAUAGACUUGUAAACCUUAACAAGUCCUUAUUAUGAGAAGAUGAAGCUCUUAGUCGUAGAAUCUCCAAUUUUAAUAGUUUAAAAAAGAUCAGAGGGAGUAUCAGACAGACGUUCUGGUUGGCGGUGAUUCAGUUGAUUUGAAUUUGGAAUUUGAUAUUUAUGCAUGAUUACUACUACAUCUCAACGCCAGAAAUAUAUUCCAGUAUCUUUGAGUUUUUGAAAACUUUUGGAAAAUGCUGCAUUGAAUUUUCAGAUGUUUUCCACCAAAAUUCUCACGGAAACAAUGGCCGUAACUCAGUAGGCAACUUUGAAUCAGUGUCUGGCAGGAGAAAGAACGAAUUGAGUUUGUCAUAAACAAUGGGGUUAAUAUAUCUUUAAUCUUUUUGAAGGG